AUGAGUAGAAGACCAAAUAGCGGAAACGGACGUGCUCAAACGCAAAGGAUUGCAUCAGGAGCACGAGCCAAUCCAUAUUCUCGACCCGGAAGUGCAUCCAAGCAAACAUCUCAACAAUAUCCGCCUAAUCAACUUUCCAUUCGUGGCUCAUCCGGUCCAACAUGGAUCUUAAUACAAAACCUUUUACGUGGAACAUCAGAAGCAGAUAUUCAAUCCACUUUUCAGCAAUUCGGUAAAAUUGAAGCAGUUCGAUCUCAUCCUUCUUCCGGUUCAGAUCAAUCAUUAAGCUUUGAAGUUGCAUUCACUCAUUCUACUUCUGCUCAAGGAGCAAUCGAUAAAUUGAACGGUGCUUUAGCCGAUGGUCGUGUUCUCAAUGUUCGAUUCCGAGAUAAUGUACCAAACAAACCUGCAAAUGCUUCUGGCAGCAAAACAAGUAAUCCUGUUCAACCACCUCGUGCUCCAGCUCGUGAUAUCGCUGCUGCUGCUGCUGCCAAAGCAAAUCAUGGAAAAGAAUUGUUUCCCAAUAAAGCCACUCCAGGAGCAAAGAAUGGAUCCAAUCCUCUUGGUUCACGUCUAAUGAGCGCAACAGAAUUGAAAGCGUUAUCUAAAAAGCAAGCACAACAAAAGAAGAAAGCUGCUACACCAGAAGGCGCUCUUUCUGCUCCUGGUUUCAAUCAAGUUAGUCCUUCUUCGGCUGUUGCUCUUUCAAAGAGGAUUGGUAGUUUGCCAUUAGCAUUACGAUUAGCCGAAACGAAUGCAGGAAGUACUGCAAAUGGAAAGAAGAAGGGCUCUAGCGGUGCAACUUUAUCUGCAUCGCAAAAGAAGAGAAAGAGAGCACAAGCGAAAGCAGCAAAUUCGUCGGGAAUGCAAUUGGAUUAG